AUGAUCACGCUGGACCAGCCAACACACAGAGCCUUCUCUACGGCGGUGGCAUUCGUCGUCCUGACGUUCAUUUUUGUAGGACUGCGCCUUUUUCUACGCGCGCGAGCCAAGCAGCUCUCUUUCCUAUCCGAUGGCCUGUGUUUCGCAUCGCUCGUUCUUUUCUGUGCUUUCGUGGGGUUGAUGCUGGAGUAUAUCCUCAACAAUGGGAAAAGUGAUCCUUUCAAACCGUCCACGCCCACUGAUUUGGCCAAAUUCUUGAAGAUCCUAUACGUAGAACAAGUGCUCUUUACUUUCGAUAUUUCUUUGGUGAAGCUUAGCCUAUUGGCCCUGUACUGGAACGUCUUUGGAGUUCACCGCAAAACGAAAAUUGUCAUCGGGACCGUCACUGUCGGCUGCGUCAUAUGGUGCAUCGCGUUCACCUUCUUGGCUGCUUUUAGGUGUCGCCCCAUUGGUUAUGCAUGGGUGCCAGUCCCUCCUCCUGGUACCUGCAUGUCAAGAUCGGAUGUCUAUCUUCCACUAGAGGCUACCAACUUGUUCUUUGAUAUAGUUGUCUUGUGCAUUCCAGUCUUUACCAUUGGACAACUAAAGCUCUCGAAAACCAAGAAGAUCCCGGUUAUUGGGAUAUUCGUCGUUGGCGUUUCAGUUUGUGUUGCUAGUAUUGGCCGUCUCAUUGGAAUUACGCGAGGCGAUGGUGCCCAAAUGUUCUUUUGGUCGUCCAUGCAACUAGGGCUGGCAAUUGUCUGCAGUUGCCUUCCUUUGCUUGGUACAAUAAUACCGCGCAAGAAUAAAGCCACUUCAUAUUCGACGAGCGAGUAUAAUUCGUUUCGCGGUAGAGGAGGCAAUGGAUCGAUUAUGAAACUCACCGAAACUGACAGCAGAACUGAUUGCCCCUGGAUGCAGUCUUCAAACACGCAACGGCCAGAAAGAACACAGAGGGCAAGGGUUGACGAAGGAACAGACUCAGACUACGCUCUGGAAUCACUUCCAUCAAAGAAUACGGAACGGAAAGAAGUAACAGUUGUAUAG